GAGGAAAAAAUUAUGAAUCCACACUAUUAUCAAUUACCUCUUUUUAUUAACCAAGCACAACCAUUAAUUUCACCAAAUAUACUGCCUCAGAAUAAUUCAUUUAAUUCUAAUUAUAUACCUUAUCAACCAUAUUUAUUUCCACCUCCCUUCCAUUUUUCCUUCCUGCAAGAAGUUUCAUGUCAAAAUCAACCCUCAUUAAAUUCUUCUCUACAAGGUAUAGAUGAAAUUAAAAUUUGGCUUGAAAAAUGGCAUGAUAGACAAGAGUCAAAUGUGUUACCAAUGACUAGGGAAAAUAAUCUUAGUAUAUCUGAAUAUAAAAAAAGUAUACAAAAGUUAAACAAUAUAUUGCUUCAAAUUGAAGAUUUAAAUAGAUCAUUAAAUACUAAAUCCUUAUUGAAAUCAUAUGAGAACAAUUUUGAGCUAUGCAAAGAAAUUGAGCAAAAUUUUAAUGCCCAAAAGAAUGAAUGUGAAGAUGUUAUCAAAAUCAUAACAGAUAAAUCUACAUUAAAAAGGAUUAAAAUAAAGUUAUUGAUGAGAAAAAACAAAAGAAAUAGAUUAAAAAAUAAGAAGAUGAACAUUUUACCAGAUUUUGAAAAGCUAGAUAAUUUGAAAAUUGAAAAAACCAAUAAUCUCCACAAAUUAAUUGAUAAAGAGUUGGUGAAAAAGCAAGAAGAUUACCAAAAUAAAAUUGAAAAUAAAAUAUUAAAACAUGAAACAAAUUUUGUCUUAAAUGUCAUUAAAAAUAAAUGUAAAGAUAUCCAAUAUUUGAAAGAUGUAAUAGGAAAAAUUAAUGAAUUAAAAUGUUUAAGGUAUAAAAAAAUUAAUGGAACAUGUGAAUAUAGUCAGGGUUUCUGUGUUAAUCAGCAAAAAAUGAAUGAUAUUGACAAUGAACUAACAAAUAAACUUAAUGGAUUUCAACUCGAGAAGCAAAAGAUAUUAGAAUUAAGAAAACACAAGAUAAACAAAACCACCAAUGUAAAGUGUCAGAUAAAGUUGCCAAAAAAGACCAAACCUGAUAAAAAAUUGUUGAGUAAUAGCAGAAGCUCAACCCAUAUUGCAAUAAAUGUUAUAACAAAUCAAAUUUUAUCAAAUCUCAAAGAGCAAAAAAAUGAUGAUUAUACAAAGGAUUUAGAUAAAAUUUUAGAUAUCAGAAAAUCUUGGAAUGUAUAUCUCAAAUAAAUCAUAGCAUUUUUCUCAUUAAGUAAAAGCUUUACAUAAAAAUAAAAUAUAGACAAUACACAUGAUUGAUCAUAAAUUUAUUUUUUGAAA